AUGUUUGAAUUACAUGAUUCACCAACGUUCAAUUAUAUAUCAUUCUUAAGAACUCUAAACAUCUCUUGUUUGGAAUCAUCAAUUCGUUUUUUGCUUAAAAGAGAAAGGGUAAAAAAAGAUUAUCUAUCAUUAUUGUUGCUAGAAUUUAUUAAAGUGAUUUUUACACAAUCACGUUGCUUAUAUGGUUUACACACGAAUUCAACUCAUCUGGCUAGUGAGAUCUUGAUAAAUGCAAUAGAAACGAUUCCCGAAGCAAAAACAUGCCUUUCAACGGUUUCAGUUUUUAGUGGUACCAAAUCAGGAUCAAAUGGUGAAAAAUUAUAUUCGAGCUUGUCAAAAUUUCUUCUUAACAUCAAAACAUUAUACAUUGAAGAUGCGAAAAUUACAAAAGAUUUAGCCUUGUUAAUUAAUUCUCAAAGGAAUCUUCAAAAAAUUAUCAUUAAACAAUAUCAUGACAGGAAGUCGAAUUCCACCGAAAAUGAAGUUUGUUCUCUAUACAUAAAAAAUUCUCCUUCGGUAAUUCAUUUAGAGUAUGAAGCCUAUUGUUUUGCCAUGCCAUUAUUACCAAAAUUUGAAAAUUUAAAGAAAUUGAUAGUUAAAAUUGAUGGUAUAGAGUUCACAAGAGAUGAAUACGAACCUUUAUUCACCUCUUCCUUCAAGAAGUUAGAAGCAUUUACUUGGUUAUGUAGUCAAUCAUUUUAUCUAGAUAUAUUUUCGAGAUUUAUUCUCUUUAACGGGCAAAACCUUCGUCAAAUUACGUUAAGAGCGAGAGAUGAUGGAAAUUCGAGACUACUUUUAGACUCAAUUACGAUCACGUGUUUAAAUUUACAAUCUUAUGAAGGUCCUAUAGCGAAAGAUGAUGUAAAUGAACUUUCCAAAUUGUUAGAAACUUGCAAGCACUUGAAGUCUUUACGAUUUUAUCCUUCAAGAUUAUUGUUUAUGACUUCAGAAUUUGAUGAUUUAUUAGAUGUAAUAACAAAUAUCUCUCCAAAAUCCUUGAUGGAAUUGAAAUUGAUGGAUUCGUGGAAGAUUUCUUUGAAACCUUUUGAAAAUUUUUUGAAAAGUAGAGAGAUGAUGGAGAAACCUAUCGAAUUUCAUUGCGAUCCCGGUAUAAUGGUCACUCCUAAAUUCCGUAAAAUUUGUACCAAAUAUCAAAAGAAAAACAUCCUUGAUUUUAAUAUGGGUGGAUCUUAUUUUGAUUAG